CUUCCGCCUUCGCCUUCCUCCUGUCCCUGUCGGUGCCCUCCAGCACCGCCGUCCGGGGCCUCGCCGUGCCCUCCAGCACCGCCGCAAAAGCGCGGACGCUGCGCGCGCUCUGCCAGGUUGCGCGGGUCCACAAUAGCCUGCACGCGGCGCGGGAGCGGCUCACCGAUCCGGGCGGCAGGACGGCCGCGGAGCUCGCCGCUCUGCCCGGCUCGCUCGUGGGCGAGAGCGUGUCUCUCGCGAGGAGCCUACGCGCGCUCACCGCCGCCGGGGAGGAGCCCUCAGCGCCCACAUCAUCGCUCCACGAGCUUCGCGCCGAGGCGUCCAUCCUCCACGCCGCGGUCGCCAAGCAGCAGGCGGAGCUCGAGAUCCUGGAGGAGGAGGCGGAGCUGACGAGCUGCACGGACCGCGCGCGGAGCAUGUUCGAGCUGCUCGAUGCGAACAGCGACGGCACGGUCGACAUGGACGAGUUUGUGGAGCGAGCCACCCUCAUCACGCCCGUGCCGCAGCUCCAGUUCCAGGCGCGCCUCUCCGAGAUCUUCGUCGUGGCGGACUCGAACCGCGACGGCGCGCUCGACUUCAACGAGUUUGCCUCGAUGCUGUCGACUCUCUCGCAGGACGCCCUCGGGCCUCUCCGCGAGACGCGCGCCGCCUCGCUCGCCCGCCUGCUCAACGUCACCCUCGAGAUGACGCAGCUCACCCUCGCCCGCGAGCUCGACUCCGCCGCCUCGCGCCUGCCCUCCGAGCGGCCCCGCGCCUCGCCCGCGCGCCUCGCGCAGCUCGAGCGGUGCGUCGACCGCUGGUGCGACUUGGGCGAGCAGGCGGAGGCCACCGCGGCCGCGGUGAGGGAGGAGGGCGCAGGCGGGGGCGGGGGCGGCGGCGGGGCGGGGGCGGCGGCGGAGGAGGAGGUCGAGGAGCGGUGCGCGGGGAUCGAGCUGCUGCUCGAGCAGGUCGGCGACUUGGCCAGCGAGCUCUCGAUGACCAACGUGACCACGACGGCGAUGUGGUCGAUGCGCGAGUUCGGCUCGCAGGCGCUGCGCCGCGCCGACGCGUCGCUCCGCUUCUGCUGGCGCGGGCUGCGCAUCUUUGCGGGCGACGUCGCCGAGUCGGCCUACCUGGUCGCGCGGCUGCUGCAGGGGAGACGGCUCACCUCGAGCGGCGUCCGCACCAUCAAGCGCACCCUCACCGACGCGGUGGCGCUCGUGCCGUACACCAUCAUCAUGGUCAUCCCACUCUCGCCUCCGGGGCACCGCUUCCCUCGCCGCCCCGCCGCCCCGCCGCCCGCGCCCCGAUGCGAUGAGCCGUUCGUCGCCGGCUGUCGCAGGCACGUGUUUGCCUUCUCGCUGCUCAACCGCUGCUUCCCCGCGGCGGUCCCCUCCGCCUUCACUGCCCAGCGGCAGGACAUCGACGAGAUCUACUCGCGCAUCGCCGCAGAGGCGCCCGCCAACGAGGACGCGGCGGAGCGGCGGCAGCUGCGCAAGGAGAUCUCGUCCAAGCUGGCCGAGGUCACGCGCGCCGGCGUCGGCCUGGUCACGCGCGUGCCGGGGCGGGCGCGGCGCGCCGUUCUCCGUCGGAUGGGGCGAGAAGCGGCCGCAUGACGCCACCGCGCUGGCGCACGCGCGCAGCGGCCAGGCGCUACACGGAGUCGGAGAGAUAUUACUUUGGCCCGUUCUCGGAGUUGACGAUUGUGCACGGGUUUUUACGACACAGUUUUGCGGGUGAGAGGCGUCUCGAGUUCC